AUGGACUCGUUUGUGGCCGCGAGUGACGCUCAGAUGAUGGCACACAUGAUGGCGGCCGCCAAGAGCUACGACUAUGUCCUGAAAUUCCUAUUAGUGGGCGAUUCGGACGUCGGAAAGGAUGAGAUACUGAACAACUUGGAUGAAGACAACUCGUCCGACGAGCCCGCCUUCGGCCGGUGCCCUGGAGUGGGCUAUAAGACCACAAACAUCCUUCUGGACGGCAAACGAGUGCGCCUUCAGGUGUGGGACACCUCAGGACAGGGAAGGUUUGAGACCAUCUUCAGGUCCUACUCGCGAGGAGCGCAGGGAGUGAUUCUGGUGUACGAUAUCACCAACAAGUGGUCGUUCGCCGGUCUCGACCGAUGGCUCCAUCAGAUCGAAGAGGUAGUGGCCGUCGAGGAGGCGGUCAUGUGUGGCGUUGACUAUGAAAUGUCUAAUUGUUGUCUAUUUGUGUGUUUCCACAUCCCAGGAGUGCCUAAAAUACUGGUCGGCAAUCGCUUGCAUCUGGCGUUCAGGCGACAGGUCAGCGAAUAUACGGCCCAAACGUAUGCUCACAAACACAGUAUGACUUUCUUCGAAGUCAGUCCUCUCUGUAAUUACAACAUCAGAGAGUCUUGCGCUGAGUUAUCGCGAAUGGCUUUACAGCGCAAUGGGAUGGAGAACCUGAUGAGAAUGAAUACGGUUCUGUCACUACAAGAGCUGUGCUGUCGUGCGAUCGUCGCGCGGACUACGGUCUACAGCAUUGAACGCCUGCCGCUCCCGAAAACACUCAAGUCGUGUCUCAUAUCGUUCUCAUCGCUGCCGAACUACACGCUGUCGUGGCGGCCGUCCAGACAUCAGUACAGAUCACCGAAAGAAAAGAAGACAAUCGCAAAGAAAGCCAAAGCGUUCUUCUCUUGUGAUAACCUGACGAAAGCGAUGUCUUCGACGUCUAUCGCCUACAACACCGGCGCUGCCGCCACUAAUACACCCAAUAGUAGCCGCAGAAGGAGUCAUAAUAGCGGUAAUGAUCGCAACAACAGGUUCUGUACGAUAUCCUAGUCUACGAUCACAACCCC